UCUGUAGAGUAAAUAAUUAACCUUGGACACCUUGAGUGCAUUCAGCAUUUCUCCCCCGCCUCUCCCUUCCUUUUAACUGGUGGACAUAGUGAAAGUGAAACACUGCAGGAGUCUCUGCUGGGAAGCAAACAGGUGAAGGUGCUGGAAGUCUCGGGCAGGUGGGGACAAGCCUUUUUUUCUGCUUCUAACAGCCAUUUUCCAGGGGGCAAGGGAGGAUGGAGGAUGACGCCAUUCCCAGAGGAAGCCCCUCGGACAGUGCUCCAGUCAGCUGAGGCGGGAGAGUUCCCCCGGACCCCUGCCCUGCAGAGCUGCCCACCUGCCACUGCAUCUCCCUGGGAUUUCCUGCGGCACGGAGCUGCUCUAGUUUCUGUGGAUCACACCUGUGUUAUCCCAGCUCUCCGCAGAAAGGAUUGGUUUGCAGUUACCAUCAACCUGUUUGGAAAAGCCCUUGUUGAAAGACAAGGUGAAUAGAAAUAUGGACUUAGACUCAAGGAGCAUGACCUCAGAACCAGCCUCUCCGAUGAACGGUGCAGGGGAGGAAAAGACAGAGGCUGCUUCUGAGCUGAGCAGCCCAGCUUUUCACAGCAGGGACAGUGGGUUCUUUGAAAGAGGUAUUAAAACUAUGUUAAGCAUCCGGAAAUCAAAACAAAGUCUGAACAAAGAGAAAGGAAAGGAAGGUACUGGCACUUGGAAAGGAAAACGACUUUCUUUGCGAUUGUCUAAGAGCUACGAUGAGAAAAAAAACACAGUCUGUAAUGGUGUGGAGGAUAUUGGUGAGAAGAUAGAAGCAGAGUCCAUCCAAGGAAAACCUCUUUCAGUAAUGGAAAUCAAUGAACUUAUUCAGAAAGGGCAACUUUUGGAAGCAUUUGCAAACAUCAAGUACUUGGAAGAUGAGACCAUCACUGAACGGGAUGCUGAGAAGUACAAAGAUAACCCCCAGGAGCUUGUACGGAAAUCCAAGGAUGUGGAUUUGCUUUAUAACUCCAUCACGAACAUGAUCCAGUCCAUUGUGGUGGGAACACUGGAGCAUCCCACUGUAGAGAAUGCCACGUUGACCUCGCUGGUGACUUUAAUUGCCCGUGAAGAAGCAGCUCAUCCUAAUACAGGCAACGCUGCUGGUCCUGGGUCAGACUUGCUCGGCACACCCCGAAAGUGGAGGGAGGAGUGGAAGGAAGCUAUCAACGAGAGCGCUAGAAAAAGAGUCCUGAGAGUACCCAUGGCGUCAAAGGAAGAGGAGAGUUCUUGGCUUGAUCUCCACUUAGGCUUCCUCCAGAAAUGCCUGAGUGAAGACUUACUGAAAAUCAAGUUAUCAGUAAAAAAGUGUUAUCCAGAGGAGUACCAGGUGUGUGACGUGUAUGUGGAGGCUUUUCACAAGGCCAUUGCCUCACACUUGCAAGAUCUCUCCCGGAGACCGCUGGAAUUCAACGAGCUCUAUACCUUGCUCGACUGGGUGGCCAACGUCUACCGCAGUGAACUCUUUCUGGGUCACCCUGAUCUCAAACCAGAAGUUAAGACAGAAAACCUGUCCCUGCUGUUAGCACCAGCUGAUUGGGAUAAACUGAAAACUGACUACAUCGCUUCUGCAAAGGGGAAAAUCAAAAGCUAUUUUGGAAACAUCCUGAGACUGGAGGUCACGGAGAAGUGGGAGAAGGAAGUUCAUCCAGAAGUGAAGGAAAACCUCUACCACUCCUCGCUCUCCUUUGAUAUUCAAACGAUCAUCGGGGAGCACAUGAAGAUAUCUGGAGUAAUCAGCCGAAGCCUGGAAAUGAAAAUGCUUGAGCUGUGCCUGGCAGAGCUGCAGGAAUUCAUACCAAGGUUCGGGGAGGAGUUCAUGGCAUGGAGCACUGCCCAGGACAGCCCCAUCUUUGCACCGUGUUUCGCUGCCUACAUCAACAGCUUCCACGACCUGGCGUCAGGGUUAGAAACAAUGUUUAAAGUCAACACUGAGGAACUGCAGAAGAUUUUGGAAGCUCUGACAAGGAACUUCACUAAUAUUUUUUUUAAUAAAUUAAGAACAAAAGUACAGCCACUCCUUAAGAAAAUCCUGACCAAGGACUGGAUUUUCGCAACAGAAAGGCCGGACUCGCUGGCAUCGGCAGUCUCGCAGUUCUCCAAGCAUCUGCAGCACAUGAGGGAGCCCACGGGGCAGGAGCUUCUCCGUGAUGUUCAUAAGUAUGUGGUGAAGGAAUACAUCAUGCAGGUCAUCAAACCCAGACGGAAAAUGAACAGGGAGACACGGCAGCAAGUGAGUGAAAAGAUGAACCAGGAAGCCAGAAUCCUUAAUAAUAUGCUCAUUGAUCAGGGCUCUGACUCGGACUGGCUCCUUCCUGCCAUACAUCACAUUGCCGAUAUCAUCGGGGAAAAGAAAAAAGACAAGAUCAAGGAGUACGUCAAGGAGCUGUGUCAGCAUUAUCCAGAUAUCAGAAAGGAGCAUGUCCUGGCAGUCCUCGCGCUCCGGGGGCUGGGGCACACCAGGAGAGCAGCAAUUCUUCGGCAAGGCUACCAUGCACUGGAGAGCCCAGAUGGUGGGGAGUGCAGCACGCUCUUUGCUGAAAUUGAUGCCCCGCUGAUCAUCAGCUGCUUCUAAAAGAGGACCAAAACAGCAGUCAGCAUCCUUCCUCCUCCUACGUUGCCUCUAUGGCAUGAUCCAAAAUCUACUACUCUGCCUCACUCCCCUGCAAAUGCAAAUUUUUGACUGCUGGGGAAAAGGAGCAUUUUUUUGAACUUGCUACCCCAAGUUUGGAAACCAAAGGCAACAGACACAGCAAGACACUGACCUUCUGCAAGAGCUCCUGGGCAGCAGCUCCAGCCCAGGCACGGUGUCCACCCUGUGUUCAGUGCAGAUUUUAUUGUUAAGAGGCUGUUGCUUGGUCCAAGAUUGAGUCUCUUCUCAGAGAAGAGGAGAAAACUAAAAGAAGUUCACUCAGAGCUAUAUUAAGCCUGGGACUGAGCAUUGCAUAAUUAUACAGCAGCACCUCCUUCAUAAUUAGUGUCCCUGAGCAACUGAGGGGCAGAGCUUGGGCAGGGAUGUGGUCACGCCCAAGUCUUAUUUCCUCCCUCAUGAACCAGUUGGCCAAGCUGGCAUGCUACAAGGUCGAUGAUGUUGUGACUUGAUGCCACAAACCACUACCUGCCUGAAGAGAAAAACCUUGGAGGGUAACCAAACCCCUCAACUGGGACAUGCAAUGCAGAGACCACUGUAAGCUCCUGGAUGGACCCCAUGGCCCUUCUGGUGUUUCAGCAGGUCUUCCUCACUCGUGAGCUGCCUUGCAGAACUCCUGUUGGACCGAAGACCAGUUCAUGCCAUCACAGCCUCUCUGUGCAGGCAGACAUACCUGGAUGGGACAAGCCAUGUGGAGGGAGGCUCUGAGUCCUCCUUGCGCUGCGGAAAAGGGUCACCGUGCCCCUAAUCCUUGUAUGUUCAAAUGUAUUUUAGCAAAUCUGGUAUAAUCUGACUGCAGAAUUACAUGAAAGCUAAUGUGAGGUGGACAGGCAUAGUGCUACAGAUCAGAUCCUCAUCUGGUGUAAGCCAGCAUCACCCCAUUGAUGGGCAUGGGACAUCACCAGUUUAACGCUGUGAGGGAUACAAAGCAUUACAUCCAGCAUCUGCAGGGAGGACUAAAAGAGACAUCCAGCAGCCUACAGCUGGACAAAUCUGAUUUUAUUUAACCCAAUUUAUCCUUUAGGUUGCCUUCCACGGGAAUUAAUCCAUGAGUCUGUAUAGAGACAUGUUUACCAUCUAUCAAUUAAUGUGAUGAAUGUGGACAUGAACAUAGCCUUGAACACUAAUUUUUCUGCUGUAGGCCUUAAAGCAUCAGUAGUGA